UUAUUCAAGAUGUUUUGCCUGCCUUUUUGACGCUCGGGCGUGCCGCAGAGCAAACCGACCUGAGAUAAGGAGCCAGGGAGAGAUGCGGUCGUGUUUCAGACGGAGCUGUUCACCGCUGAGACUUGUUGGGGGAUGAAAAGUCAAACUGCGCUCAGAGCAGACAGGAGCGGCGCAGUGCAGGGAGGACGGAGCAGAUACCGGCCGGUCUGCACACAGGCAGGCAGACGGAGACAGAGCUGCCGCUGCAGGGAGGACGAGUCUUCACCUCUCGGCCACACCGAGGCUUUUGCUGAAACGUUUGGGCAGCUGCUGGGCCAGUGAAGGCAUCAUGGUUGUGUGUGCGCGGAGCUGGUUCGCCAACGAGGGAGGAAAGCACUUGGUCCUGGUGCUGUGGCUGGGAGCCAACACCUGGCUGUUCCUGAAGACCUUCCUGCUGUACUCCACUGGACAGCAGUAUCACUACCUCUACAAGAUGCUCGGGCUGGGGCUGUGCAUCAGCAGGGCAUCUGCAUCUGUGUUGAACUUGAACUGCAGCUUGGUCCUGUUGCCCAUGUGUCGCUCCCUGCUCACCUUUGUCCGAGGAACACAUAUGGUAUCGAGCAGAAAGACUCGCAGACUGCUGGACAAGAGCAAGACCUUUCAUGUGGCCUGUGGAGUUUCCAUCUGCAUCUUCUCUGUUGUACACGUGUCUGCCCACCUGGUGAAUGUCAUCAGUUUCAGUGUCAGCUAUUCAGACGACUUUCCUGCUCUCAACUUGGCUCGCUACAGAGGAGAGGACCCCAAACUGAUCAUUUUGACCACAAUCCCAGGAGUCACCGGCGUCCUGUUGGUUCUCAUCCUCUUUCUGAUGUUCACUUCCUCCUCCUACUGCGUGCGGUCAUCCAACUAUGAGAUCUUCUGGUACACACACAACCUCUUCAUCAUCUUCUACGUGAUCCUUAUGGUGCACAUGGUCGGGGGAGCUCUGAAGUAUCAGACCAACAUAGAGGCCCACCCUCCUGGCUGCAUCAGAGCAAAUCAGAGUAGCACAGAGCGGCAAUUUGAGGAGCUGGAGAAGGGUGAGGAUGAUGAAAGGAGAUGCAGAGAGGAGGCUCAAUUCCAGCCACACUACCCCCAGACAUGGCUUUGGGUGUCCGGUCCUCUCUGUCUUUACUGUGCUGAGCGUUUCUACCGCUACAUCCGGAGCAGUGACCCUGUUACUAUAGUGACAGUCAUCAGGCACCCCUGUGAAGUCAUCGAGUUGCGCAUGCUGAAGAAGCACUUCAAAGCUCGUCCUGGACAAUAUGUUGUUCUGAACUGUCCAGGUGUCUCUUCAUUUGAGAACCAUCCCUUCACGCUAACAACAUGUCCCACAGAGAACAAGGAAACUUUUGGCAUCCAUCUCAGAGUUUUGGGAGACUGGACUGAGCGGUUCACACAGCUGUUACUUCCUGAACCAAGGAUAGACUUGGAGAUCCUUCCCAUGGUGCAUCAGAGGAGAUACCCCAAGCUUUACGUGGAUGGUCCCUUUGGAAGUCCAUCAGAGGAAGUAUUUAACUAUGACGUUAGUCUUUGUGUUGCGGGUGGAAUCGGAGUCACACCGUUCGCCUGUGUGCUGCAUGCUCUGCUUGACGGCUGGACGGGUUUCAGGUUGCAGAGGUUGUAUUUUGUGUGGGUCUGCAGGGAGCUCCAGUCCUUCUACUGGUUUGCUGAGCUGCUGUGUGCUGUGUAUCACAAGCUUUGGCAGGAAAACAGACCCGACUACUUUAAUCUGAAACUGUACGUCAGUCAGACAGACAACCUGCAGAGCAUGUCUGAGGAGAAGUACCGCCCACUCGCCUCGAGGCUGCUGGUUGGUCGACCCAGGUGGAAGUUAUUGUUUGAUGAGAUUGGGAAGACCAAUAGGCAUAAGCAAGUUGGGGUUUUCUGCUGUGGACCAAAGGGCAUCUCCAGAACUCUCCACAGACUGUGUAACUCAGCCCGAUCCUCUGGAACAACCUUUGAAUUCAACAAAGAGUCCUUCAGCUGAUCGAACAUUAGAGCUGGCUCUACAGUUCGGCAUCAGAGGAAAAAAACAGCAACUUUGAGAUGGAUGGAUUUUCAUACAUUUCUGGCAAACGUUCCUUAUUUGAAGUACUUCUCUGAUAAUUGUAGGCUACUCUUGGCUACUUGUAUUUCUAUACACAUCUAUCUGUAAGCAAACAACUGACACUGACAUGGAAAUUCUUGACUCUUCACUGACUAUAUUAUUAUUUCUUAUGCAUCCUGCCCAUGGUUAAAAAGGCCCAGCAGGACCAGACCUUAAUGUGUAGGCCUGUUCCUCUCUACAGACCAGUCUGACCCCCAAAGGAUGGCUCUAGGAGCUUCAACUUCAUCAUCAGAUCCAAUCAACCUCUGGCCAGCUCACUGCUUAGAUUCUGAUGCUCUGUUUUUCCAAAGCUGUUGGUAUUCAUAUGUGUCCUGACACACCUCUGUGGAGCAAAUUUGUUUUCUCACAUCUAAUGUGAGAAGAAAAAAAAGUCUGACCACAAGCACAACAAGAUAAUGUAUUACAGGGAAGAGGGAAUUCAAUAUGAGCUGAACCAUCAUGCCGGGACCAGACAAACUGUUUUUGAUCUAAACAUUUAAGAAAUGUUUCACUUAACCUUUACUUGACACCAAACUGGCACCCAGCAAGCUCUACCAAUCAAACAUUUUAGGUUAUAUAGAGCAAAGUCUAUCUUCUAUAGAUGGGUAAGCACUGUGUAUGCAUGUCCAACUCAAGGAAGAAGGAACAUUGACAGCCUAAAGGCAAAUGCCGCUCCUCAGAGAAAAUUUGAUUCUUUCUGUCUUAUCUGUCCCCUGUUUAUGCAUGUGCAUCAAAUAUCUGUUUUUAUGCAAAGCAAAACUACACUACACCUCAAGCCAGUAUUUUUAGGUUUUUAUUUUAUUUAUAUUGUUUAAAUGUAUUUUAUAUUAUGUGAAAACCUUCUGCAGGGCUUUGUCAAUUUCUACACAAAAUAAGAGGUUUUUUUUUUGUUUUGUUUUUUUUACAUAUCUCUAGAAAAACAAAGUUACUGAUAAAAAGAAAUGAAGAUAAUGGCGGCACUGCAUUAAUAACAAUAAUAAGUUUGAUGCAUUCCUACCAUUUAUCUUCUUUUUUUUUUUUAUGGCCAAACUGGAAACUCCAGAUUUUGGCAAAGAAUCAGCCUCUUUAUGGGUUUUUUUUUUCUUGUUGUCCUUUUUCUACAAGGAGGAAAAGUUUAAAAUAAGUACUAUAUUCUAUUUAUUAUAUCAUGAUUACUUGCACAUAGUAAGUGGGAAAAAAAUUACUGAUCUGGGCACAGAACACAUUAUUACUGUAAAUAGUUAGAUCAAUAGCUCAAGGACACAUUGGUGGAUGGGUCACAGUGGGGGGAUUGAACCUAGGUCUCUUACACCAAAGGCAUGUGUCUUAUCCAUUGUGCCGCCACCACCACCACAUAUAUAAUUUAUAGUCAAGCUAAUAGGCUACUUAAGAAACAAUGUUAUUUUGACAAACGACAUCGUCUGUUUACUUGCAUUAAACUCAACCUACUUUAGUUCUGUAAUCUGUUGACUAAGCUAUCUCUAAAUUUGUGAAGCUAUUAAUGGUUGUUAUUCAGAUUAGCCAUAAAACAUAAACACGAUGACUGACAACCAAAAACAACUCUAGGCCUAUCAGUGAUAAUGUGACACAUAAACCUUUUAUAAAGACAGGCAGUAUAGACCGUGACUAACAAAGAUUUUCUAUUUCUGCCACCACAAGUUGGAGUUUUGGUCAGUGAUUUUUUAAUAGAGGAAGGUUUCACACAAAUAGACACAAAUAUGUAACCUGAGGGAAAUCUGUGAAUGGUCGUACUUGGCAAUUUUGACCAAUACAAAUACACAACAGAGGGAUACUGUAGUUUUUCACAUGGGGACCCUUUUUCUGAGAAAUCUUGACGUUCAAAUAACAUCUUAGAAAGCAGUUUUGUUCUCGGUUAUUCUGAAAAAUUCUGAAUGAAUGCAUAUUUACUAAGGAAGGGAAAGAGGUCACUUGGGAGAAAGUAAUUUUGUUUGGACACUGAUUUAUUCAGUGUGAGGACAUAAAUAAUAUGACUUUUACAAUCUUAGCAGUCAUGACAGCUGCAGAACAGCAAACCUGGCCUGAAUCUAAAUUACCUAAAACACUUCCUUUCAUUCAAACUUUUCCUUGAGCUAUAGUUAUUUCAGUUGAAUUUUAUUUAACUCUGCUCUUACUUUAGUAAGCAUAUAGUAUUUACUUACAGUAUGUGAAUUGUUAACAGUAUCACAGUCAAAUAGAGUACCAUAAAAUGAAAUAAUAAUAAAAUAUGCAUCUGUGUUUCAGGUUAGUAAGGAAAGUCAAACAUUGUGGCCAAGGAAGGAAUAUCCACAUCACACAGCUGUCAUUGACUGCUGAGAAGCAUGUGUAAAUAGACACUGAAUGUACUCUGAGGUGAAUGCUUUAACCUGACAUGAGUCACAGGUCAAAUACCCACAUGAAAUUACUCUGUGUAGUGAUUAAAUCUUUUUUUUUUACACAGA